CUCUCUGAACAAACUUCUUCGCAUUCCUCGCCGCCGCAAAAUAUGCCAGUCCAAGACCUUCAAAAGCCUUCUCCGGCGACACAAGCUAUCGAAAACGUCGUCGACGACGCCGAAGAAUCCGGCGUCUGGUCUCAGAUCAAAGCCGAAGCCCGCAGAGAUGCCGAAUCAGAGCCAGCUUUAGCAAGUUACCUCUAUUCCACAAUCCUAUCCCACUCCUCCCUUGCCGGAUCUCUCUCAUUCCAUCUCGGAAACAAGUUAUGUUCAUCCACCCUCCUCUCAACUCUCCUCUACGAUCUCUUCCUCAGCGUCUUAUCAACCGACGCUUCCCUACGUGCAGCGGCUGUCGCAGAUUUACGCGCCGCCCGUCAACGUGAUCCAGCUUGCACCUCGUUUUCUCACUGCCUUCUAAACUACAAAGGAUUUCUCGCGAUUCAAGCUCAAAGGGUUGCACACAAGAUGUGGACCCAGAAUCGAAAACCCCUUUCUCUUGCGGUUCAAUCUCGAAUCGCCGAUGUGUUUUCCGUGGAUAUUCAUCCGGCUGCACGGAUUGGAAAAGGGGUGUUGUUGGAUCAUGCGACGGGUGUUGUGAUUGGAGAGACGGCAGUAAUUGGGAAUAAUGUUUCGAUUCUUCAUCAUGUUACGCUUGGUGGUACAGGAAAACAGGGAGGUGAUCGGCAUCCGAAAAUUGGGGAUGGGGUUUUGAUCGGUGCGGGUGCGACUAUAUUGGGUAAUGUUAGAAUUGGGGAAGGAGCGAAGAUCGGUGCGGGUUCGUUGGUUUUGAUUGAUGUGCCGCCGUGGACGACGGCGGUGGGAAAUCCGGCGAGGUUAGUGGGUGGGAAAGAUAAGCCUAAUGUACAUGCGGAUGUACCAGGAGAAUCUAUGGACCAUACCUCUUUUAUUUCUAUGUGGUCUGAUUUUGUCAUCUGAUUUUAUGGACGGUUGUGAUUGGAUCUACACAUUGUGUUUGUUUGAGUUUGGGGGUAUUAUAGUAGUGCUGAACCCAGUUUUUUUUUUUUUUUUUUUUUUAAUUUAGUAAUUGUGUAUGCUCUUCUUAUCUUAUCUUAUGGAAUAAAUAUGACUGAGUCACACGAUUUAUUUCU